AUGAAGUGGGCCGUCUCUGUGGGCCGUUCUCCAUCGCUAGUCAGUCUUCAACAGGUAGUGAUUCGAGCCUAUCAAAUACUUAUCUCCGGCUUCCCGGGACGACUUGUUGAAAGCAACGAGGAGAGCAUGAAGCACCUCUUCUGCCUUGCUGCCCCUGUGGAGCAGCUGCAUUUCACAUCAGUCAGCAUUUACUUCAGGCUGCUAGCAGGUGCUGAGGAGCUGCCCCCACUCCCUGUUCACCGGCAGCUGUGUGGACAGAUUCCUGACAUGCCGCUGGCAGCUGCUUUUGCUAAAGCACAGAGAUUUCUGGACCUGCUGUGUGCCUAUGUAAAAAAGGAUUGGUCUGACCAUGCUCUCUGGUGGGAAAAGAAGAGAACGUGGCUGCUUAAGACGCACUGGACCUUGGAUAAGUAUGGCAUCCAGGCAGAUGCCAAGCUUCAGUUCACCCCCCAGCACAAACUGCUCCGGCUGCAGCUUCCCAACAUGAAGUAUGUGAAGGUGAAAGUGAAUUUCUCUGACCGAGUCUUCAAAGCUGUGUCUGACAUUUGCAAGACUUUCAAUAUAAGACACCCUGAAGAACUUUCUCUCUUAAAAAAACCCAGAGAUCCCACAAAGAAAAAAAAGAAAAAGCUAGAUGACCAGUCUGAAGAUGAAGCACUUGAAUUGGAAGGACCGCUUAUCACUCCCGGAUCAGGCAUCGAUGUUCUUUACAUUGGUCCUCUGAAAGGAAGCAUAUACUCAAGCCCCGGACUUUACAGUAAAACCAUGACCCCCACUUACGAUGCUCAUGAUGGAAGCCCCUUGUCACCAACUUCCGCUUGGUUUGGUGACAGUGCCCUGUCAGAAGGCAAUCCCGGGAUACUUGCUGUCAGUCAGCCGGUAACAUCACCAGAAAUAUUGGCAAAGAUGUUCAAGCCUCAAGCUCUUCUUGAUAAAGCAAAAACCAACCAAGGGUGGCUUGACUCCUCAAGAUCGCUAAUGGAACAAGAUGUGAAGGAAAAUGAGGCCUUGCUGCUCCGGUUCAAGUACUACAGCUUUUUUGAUUUGAAUCCAAAGUAUGAUGCUAUCAGAAUCAAUCAGCUUUACGAGCAGGCCAAGUGGGCUCUUCUCCUGGAAGAGAUUGAAUGCACUGAAGAAGAAAUGAUGAUGUUUGCAGCCUUGCAGUAUCAUAUCAAUAAACUAUCAAUCAUGACCUCAGAAAAUCAUCUGAACAACAGUGACAAAGACGUUGAUGAAGUUGAUGCUGCCCUUUCUGAUCUGGAGAUCACUUUGGAAGGCGGGAAAACAUCAACAAUUCUGGGUGAUAUUACAUCAAUUCCAGAACUUGCUGACUAUAUUAAAGUUUUCAAGCCUAAAAAGCUGACUUUAAAAGGGUACAAGCAGUACUGGUGCACCUUCAAAGACACGUCCAUUUCCUGCUAUAAGAGCCGAGAGGAGUCCAGCGGUACACCUGCUCACCAGAUGAACCUGAGAGGAUGUGAAGUUACCCCAGAUGUGAACAUUUCGGGCCAAAAAUUUAACAUUAAACUCCUAAUUCCGGUUGCAGAGGGCAUGAAUGAAAUUUGGCUUCGUUGUGAUAAUGAGAAGCAGUAUGCACACUGGAUGGCAGCCUGCAGAUUAGCUUCCAAAGGCAAGACCAUGGCAGACAGUUCUUACAACUUAGAGGUUCAGAACAUUCUCUCCUUCCUGAAGAUGCAGCAUCUGAACCCAGAUCCCCAGCUAAUCCCAGAACAGAUCACAACCGACAUCAAUCCUGAGUGUCUGGUAUCCCCUCGAUACCUAAAGAAGUAUAAGAACAAACAGAUAACAGCAAGAAUAUUGGAGGCCCAUCAGAAUGUAGCCCAAAUGAGUCUGAUUGAAGCCAAGAUGAGAUUCAUUCAAGCUUGGCAGUCUCUGCCUGAAUUCGGCAUCACACACUUCAUUGCGAGAUUCCAAGGCGGCAAGAGAGAAGAACUUAUUGGAAUUGCAUACAACAGAUUGAUUCGGAUGGACGCCAGCACGGGAGACGCCAUCAAAACAUGGCGGUUCAGCAACAUGAAGCAGUGGAAUGUCAACUGGGAGAUCAAGAUGGUCACUGUGGAGUUUGCAGACGAGGUCCGGUUGUCCUUCAUCUGUACUGAAGUAGACUGUAAGGUGGUCCAUGAGUUCAUUGGUGGUUACAUAUUUCUCUCGACUCGUGCAAAAGACCAGAAUGAGAGUUUAGAUGAGGAGAUGUUUUACAAACUCACCAGUGGUUGGGUGUGAAUAGGAAAACUGUGUAAUGAAACUCCACAGCCAUAACAAUAUUUAACUUUAAAGCUAUUGUUUCCUAUAUGCUGCUUAAUAAAGUAAGCUUGAAAUUUAUCAUUUUAUCAUGAAAACUCUUUGCCUUAUCAGACCGGUUAAUAUGUGCACUAACAAGCACGGUUAUUAAUCUGCUACCGUGAUGCAGUAUGUGGACUGUGGAAUACCGAACAUUCCUCAGGCCAUGAAUUGAAAUCUGAAGUAAUGGGUGAAUCAGGAGCCAGCUGUCGCUGAUUGACACUAGCCAAACUAAGAAACAAGCCAUCUACUACCAAGUUAUCCAGGGUGUAACCUAUAUGAAGUCUAUUUAUCAUGUAUAAUGCAUGUGUUUAAUGUAUGUUUCAUUUGAUGCCCUCUCUUAAAAUACCCUACUUCUGGUAGCCAAUCAGUCCCCUCUCCUAAUAUAAAAUCGGGUCUGCAGUAGAUGCUUGGUAUUCGAUGAUGUCAUUGACCUUGAAGGAAGUGCUGUUGAUCUGUUGUUGUGCUUGACUGGGUUUGUCCUUGAAUAAGCAUGUUGUACAUUGUUUUGUGUUUAUUUUUACACCAUACUGUAUUACAACACUCUUAGUAUUCACCAGCAUAUUCACUAUCUGCCUAAAAUAUGCAACCUUUGUGUUACAAUAUGAAGUAAAGUUCUAUGAAGUAUG